UGGCCCUGCGUGUAGCAGGGGGUUGGAGAUUCGUGGUCCUUGAGGUCCCUUCCAACCCAUGCUGUGAUUCAUUUGCCCGCUGUGCUUUGGAAGGAUGCAGUCUGCCACGAUUUAACACUGAGGAGGUGGAGGUUCUGUGGGACACAGAAGGCUCAGCUCAGCCCAUCAGCGCCGAACGGACAAGGUGACCUCUGCUGGCUCCUGUUCCACCCGCUUCCAUCAAAUCACCGCGUUUCCCUUUGCUCUUCCAGCACCGAUGACGACACGGGGGUGUUGCUGUACACACAAGCUCAGGGAUUGCGACUUGCCAAGCUGAAAUCCACGCAGCUCGGAUACGGCUGUCGGAGCUCCUCGGCUCGCCGCCUUCCCACACAGCGCAGCCAUGGCGGCGCAGCGGAAGCGGGCGGCGCUGGGAGGGCGCUGAGGGGAAGCCGGCCCCGCUCCGCCUCCCCGCUGAGCCCGUAGUACAGCAAAGAUGGUUUCUCCCAAAACCCGAUACUUAGUGUUCUUUCAGUAUUGGGGCACUAAAUAUAGUGGGGUCAUGCAAACCUCAGCUGAGCAGUCAGGGGUCGGAGUCCAGAAUUAUUUGGAGAAGGCAGCACAGAACCUAAAACCUGUUGUUCCCAUCAAGUUCCACAUCUCCAGCCGGACGGACAGUGGUGUCCAUGCGCUCUGCAACUCUGCUCACCUUGAUAUCCAAAGGGCACCAGGGAAGCCAGCUUUUCAAGAAAGAAUGCUCAUUGGUUGUCUGAAUUACCACCUGAAGCCUGAGCCAAUUCGCAUCUUGAGUGCCCAUCGAGUGACCAACAAUUUCCAUGCACGUUUCUCUGCGCUGUCAAGAACCUACAUUUAUCGGCUGUUGAUGGGCUGCACCCACCAUUCUGAAAUACCAGUGUUUGAGAGGGAUCUGUGCUGGGCUCCCACCGGAGGCUACCUCAACGUGCCUGCCAUGCAGGAUGCAGCACAGUUCCUGCUGGGAACACACGACUUCAGCACUUUUUGCUCACUGAACUCUGAAACGCCAUUUCGGUCUCCAGUCAAAACCAUCCUACAGGCAGACAUCCAACCCUCUUCUGGUUUCCUAUCCCACCACUAUGAAUACAGGGGACUGCAGUUCUGGGAGCUGAAGUUCAAGAGCAGAUCUUUUCUUUACCGACAGGUCCGAAGAAUGGUUGGGGCUCUAGUUGCAGUUGGCCAGGGAAAGUUGGCACCUCAUCAUAUAAAGGAGCUGCUGGAGAUGAAGGAUGCAAGGGCUCUUCCAUCAUUUGCCAUGGCUCCAUCAUCCGGACUCUUCCUAAAAUCAGUGGAAUAUAAUGAAGCAGAUUUGCAAACAACAGUGGCCCCGGGAGAAUAGCAGCUCUGUCAGCCAUGUCUGAAAGGACUGUUGUUGUGGAUAUGGGAUGGAGAGACCAACAUUUGACAAGAUGAGAAGGAGAGGGAGGAAACUUCUGGUUACUCUUGCUUUGGGACCAAUUUCCAAAGACAGAACUUUG